AUGUUUAUAAAUAAGAAAGCAUUAGGAACAUUAGUAAAACAAGUGCGAUUAUUUAGCAAUGGGGUUCCUGGAGAGCCUUCAGCACCUUAUUUGCAGACUGAAGUACCUGGACCUAAAUCCAAAAAAUUGAUGCAAGAAAUGGAAAAAAUUCAACAAUCAGGCACCGUUCAAAUGUUCGUAGACUACGAAAAAUCUCUAGGCAAUUACAUCGUAGAUUGUGACGGAAACGUUCUUUUAGACAUCUACGGACAAAUUGCCUCAAUGCCUCUUGGAUACAAUCAUCCUCAUUUGCAUGAAAUUUUGAAAAAACAAUCAAACAUCGCUACGUUAGUUAACAGACCAGCUCUUGGUGUCUUUCCAGGAAGCGAUUGGCCAGAAAAAUUAAAUAAUGUCUUACUUAAAAAUGCUCCUCCGAAACUUAAUAUGGUCACCACUAUGAUGUGUGGUUCAUGUUCAAAUGAAAAUGCUUACAAAAUGAUGUUUAUGGCAUACAUGAAGAAACAAAGAGGGGGAAAAGAAACAUUUACCAAAGAGGAAGAAGAAUCUUGUAUGAUAAAUCAAGCUCCUGGUGCUCCGAAGCUUAGUAUACUCUCUUUCAUGGGGGCCUUUCAUGGUCGUACCAUGGGAUGUUUAGCUACAACCCACAGUAAGGCAAUUCAUAAAUUGGACGUUCCUUCAAUGGAUUGGCCAAUCGCAGAUUUUCCUCAGUAUAAAUAUCCUUUGAGUGAAAACGAAAGGGAAAAUAAAAAAGAGGAUGAAAGAUGUCUUUCUAUGGUUGAAGAUCUGAUAAAUACGUGGAAUAAAAAAGGUAUGCCAGUUGCCGGCAUUACGAUUGAGCCAAUACAAUCUGAAGGAGGAGAUAAUGAAGCUUCGCCGGAAUUCUUCCAAAAGCUGCAGGUCAUCAGUAAAAAAUAUGGAUGCGGCCUGCUGAUUGAUGAGGUUCAGACAGGAUGCGGUGCGACCGGUAAAAUGUGGUGCCAUGAAUAUUUCAACUUGCCACACCCUCCCGACGUAGUAAGCUUUAGCAAGAAGAUGCAGCUUGGAGGAUACUAUCAUACAGAAGAUUUCAUGAUAAGUACACCUUUGAGGAUUUUCAACACGUGGCUCGGCGAUCCAGGAAAGAUAGUUCUUCUCGAAGGAAUAAUGGAUGUAAUUCGACAAGAGAAACUUUUAGAAUUGGUCGUAAGUGUCGGUCAUGUUCUCGAAGAUGGCCUGAACGACUUGUCGAAAAAAUAUAGUAAUAUCAUCAAUUCCCCGAGAGGUAGGGGUACAUUCAGAGCAUUCAAUGGCAGAACAACAGAAGUAAGGAACCAGAUUACCAGCAAAUUAAAACAAAAAGGAAUUGUAGCUGGUGGCAGUGGUGACUUGGCCGUCAGGAUGCGCCCGUCACUUCUUUUCCAUAAACAACAUGCCGAGAUUUUCCUUUCUUCCCUAAAUGAUGUUCUUAAAGAAAUUAACGGUUAA